AUGACAGAUACCUCCUUGCUCGCAACAACGCAUUCGACCGGAGAUUCGUAUCCGGUCACUGCGCCCAUCCACUCCCCGGCGCCAAAUAGCGCCAUCUCUGAUUCCGUCCCUCUGGAAGACGAAGAACCUUACACCAUCAAGUGCAUCUGUGCCUUUGAGGAUGACGAUGAAUGUUACUACCAUGGCCAGGAGGUGCCAGACGAACACUUUUGUACAGACUGUUCACCUUCACCACUCUACUUGGACGGAAAACGGGCGACUGAGCGACAGCGUCGAUUACGGGAGCAAAAUGAUAGCGGUGACCGGAAGGCUAAACGCUCUGGGUCAAAGAGCCACAAGAAAAAACAUCACAAAGAUCAAGAACUGGUCAAUGGACAUCAUCGCAGUGAUUCUACAUCCAGGGACCAACUGGGUACUAUUAAGAAACCAAAAUCUUCUCAUAGGCCGUCAGCAUCGGUGAACUCGGUCAACGUACCUCCCAAGCUGCAGCCAGAUUCUCGGAAGCGCUCGGGAUCCGUGGCCACCUCAAUGAGUCCGACGAAAUCAUCCUCUACUCCGCAAAUCCCUCUUUACUCUCACGAAUUCCUACACUUGUACGAUAAUGAUAGAGGUUACGUUAACAUGAAGAGCAAUUUGGUGGUGAACCUUCACUUACUGGGUGACAUGGGGUCCUGGGUCAAAGAUCCUUCGGCGCUUUUACGGGCUGGUACUGGUCGUCUACCACAAGAAAUUUUCACAUACGCAGACGUUUUGGAUUCUUCCGAAUGGCCGCAACUAUUGUUAGAUACCAACGUUGACAAGGAUCUCGAGAUUGAUGGUGUCCACCCCACUUGGAAAAUCCUCAAAACCGAAACCGCUGUUCACAAGGAUCAAAUUGUCGGUGAGGUCAAGGGCAAAAUCGGGGAACUUCGAGAAUAUUGCCUUGAUCCAGCUAAUCGUUGGCCUGAGCUCCGGCACCCUCAACCAUUUGUGUUCUUCCACCCUCAGCUUCCCAUUUACAUUGAUGCACGCGAAGAAGGAUCCAUACUCCGAUAUGUGCGUCGUUCGUGUCGACCUAAUGUUACAUUGAAGACGUACAUCACUAAUGAGGUUGAGUAUCAUUUCUGUUUCGUCGCAAAUCAAGAUAUUCCCGCGGAUUCCGAAGUAACCGCCAUGUGGUAUUACGACCGUCAAUUCCUUGGAGACAGCGAUCAAGAGGAAGCUCGAGCGAUUUCCAUGAGCAAUCUUUUAGCCAAUUUUGGCGGCUGCGCUUGCUCCGCGCCUCAGUCAUGUCUACUAGCUGCUGUUGAUCGCCGUCGUCAUCCUAGUUCGAAGCAAGUGAAUGGUAAGCGGAAGAAAGCGAAAUCCAAAUCCGCUACCUCACCUACUAGCGCUGGUCGGUCUACUACCAGUCGUGCCGGUAGUGAGGCAGCUGUUGAUGAUGACAAUGCAGAUAAUCGGUCAACUUCUGGCUCUGUGCGCGGACAUACUCGUAGCCGUGACUUGACUCCGACACAUCCGCCACCUGAAUGGGCCCUGCAAGAUACGGAAUUGUCGGCACGAGAUAGACGUAAGAUCGCAGCAGUGGAGAAGAAAUUCGAGCAACUCGAGCACGAUCAACACGGGCAGCGUAAGAAGAAGCGAGGGAGUGCAACAUCCGCCCAUCCGAAUCUCCCGUCAGGCAAGUCUUUGAAAGUGGAGACUACCAACCGUCUUUCUGAUGACUCUGCUUUGGCCUCGUAUCAUCGUCGAUCGCGGCCUACUUCACGCAAAGCAUCCGAUCCUAUUCACACAGUUCCUCGAUCACCUCUUUCACGUCCAUCUUACGUCGAUGAAUCACUCCAAACACGGCCUAUGACAAUUGGAUUUUCUCCUCUGAGUCGGCGACUUUUGAAACGCUGUCAUGAAGACAGUGCAAAAGUCCAGUGGCCCAUUAAGCGUCAGGAAACAGCAGGAAGUACUGGCACAGAUACUGCUAUUUCACCAUCGUCUGUGUCUCAAGGCUCGGGUGUUCGACCGCCUUCUUCACAUAGCGAAGAUGUAGAGAUGAAAGAUUCUGCAAGCGACACAAUUUCUCUCAAAUCUGAGGUUAUGGCAAAACCGCCUUUGCCGUCGACAGCGGCACACAAUACCCUCAUUCCUGGGAUGUCGCCUAUCACCAAUCGGUUCAGCGGUCUUCAUGUUCAACUACCUGCCAAUCACUUCGCAGUGCCUGCCACACCUACACCGGGUGCGGCCACGCCGGGUUCUCUCCAGUCACCGUCAGAUCCUUUCGCGCAACCAGCUCAGACACCGGGUGGCAGCAUGACAGCCCCUAGUCCAGUCAAGAAGAAGAUGAGCUUAGGCGAUUAUUUGGCUAGCAGAGGCACGAUGACAACACCGACUACCGAGAAGAGUCAAGCUCAAGCGACAACAGCAUCAAGCCCUGCACCACCUAGCAAACCAACAUCUUCCGUUCAGUCUUCUACGCCGCCGCUGUCGACAGAUGGCGAAGCUUGGACACAACCUCAACCGGUAUCUGGAAGGGAGACGAUCAAGAACGAAUCCUCCCCAACCGAUGCAGAUAUUACGAUGAAGGAUGCCCCUAGCAAACCCCCACUCUUUCCUCCUUAUGUUUCUUCCCUUGGAAUGCAGGAUGACAGCAAAGUCCCGCCGACGACAUGAUACCCUAGAUUUGUUGCUUUUCUGUUUUGCUUGUUCUUCACUUCAUUGAAAUGCUAUUACUUUGAUAUUGUUAAUGAAAGGGGUGUACGGGUAUCACGGCGUUUUCUUCUGUUUUUGUCUGAUUAUGAUAACGAGUCUUUUUUUCGCGAAAAAAAGGGUUCUUAUUGUGAUGGCGGGAUUCAGGGCAAGGGAGGCGCGAAGGCGUAUUGAAUUGUGGCAGACAAAAUUUGUUUCACCCAUUUUGCUUCUUCACUUCUCUUCUCUUCUGAACUUUGUUCUUUUCUUUCUUAAUUGUGAGAGUUUUCCUUACUGUGAUGGAAACGAAUCUUAUCUUAUUUGAUUUUACUUUACUGCGCUUGACUUGAGUAAACAUUGUCGGAUUAGGCUUGGCGAGGUAGGUAGAGACGGAUUGUAUACCAAUCUCUUAACUUUUCUUUUC